GUACUUCCAGUUUAAUAGAAAAUUAAAACUUCUCUAUGGUGCUGGGGUACCGACUCAGGGCCUUGCAAAUAGAAAAUAGCUCUACCACUGAGCUGCAUCCUAAACCACCUAGUUACUCUGUAAAAGAGCAAUAGUAAUUGCCUUUGGAUGUAGGAAUUAGAUAGCAAUUGUCCAUGAAAUAGGAGACCUAUAGACGGACCUUUGCUCUAUAUUUUAUACCUUUUUUAAUUUUGAAGGAAAUACUUUAUUAGAGAUCAGAGUAAGAGUAUAAUAUAUAAAAAUAAUAGCGAAGAGGUUUAAAAGUUUCAUAAUGACAACCGAAUCACUGAGGAAUAAGAAUUUCAGCUAUCAACUUGUACAUUUCAAAAAUAAAGAUUUUCUGAUAGAAAGCCAGGCUGCAGUUCCACACAAAGCCUCUGGGCGCCGCUAUCGGCCAGUGCAGAGAAAGCUCGACGCCCGGGAUCCUUCAGCCUCAGCCUGGGGUUUCCUGCGCCGCCACCAACACACACAGAAGGAAACCCUCUCACCCAGACAGACUCUGGGCUGCGCACACCCGGCCCUGAGCACAGGGGUUCCCGACCCCGAAACGCGGCUCUGCCUGGCCUGGGACCAACGCCGUUCCACCGCGGACCAGUGCACUUCCUCCAGGCGUGAAGAGGGGGCCGAGAAGCGCAGCGAGCAAUGGGAGGGAGCUGCGCGCAGAGGCGACGCGCCGGCCGCGGGCAGGUACUGUUUCCCUUCCUGCUGCCUUUGUUCUACCCGGCGCUGUGCGAGCCCGUCCGCUACUCCAUUCCCGAGGAGCUGGCCAAGGGCUCGGUGGUGGGGAACCUCGCCCGGGAUCUGGGGCUGAGUGUCCAGGACGCGUCGGCUCGCAAGCUGCGCGUUAGCGCGGAGAAGCUGCACUUCAGCGUAGACGCGGAGAGCGGGGACUUACUGGUGAAGGACCGCAUAGACCGCGAGCAGAUAUGCAGAGGGAGGAGAAGGUGCGAGUUACAGUUGGAGGCCGUGGUGGAAAAUCCCUUAAAUAUUUUUCAUAUCGUUGUGGCCAUUGAAGACAUUAAUGAUCACGCUCCUCAAUUCCGUAAAGAUGAAAUAAAUUUAGAAAUAAGUGAAUCCGUCAGCCCAGGAAUGGGAACAAUUCUUGAGUCUGCAAAAGAUCCCGAUAUAAAUAUGAAUUCACUGAGCAAAUACCAGUUAAGUCCUAAUGAGUAUUUCUCAUUGGUGGUGAAAGACAGUCCGGAUGGCGGCACAUACCCAGAAUUAGUUCUGCAGAAGACCUUGGACCGAGAAACACAGAGCACUCACCACUUGGUGCUGACAGCCGUAGACGGUGGGGACCCGCCCCUAAGCAGCUCCGCUCAGGUAAGAGUCCAGGUGGUGGAUGCCAACGAUAAUCCCCCGGUGUUUAGCCAGGAUGUUUACAGGGUCAGCCUUCGGGAAGACGUCCCUGCAGGCACCUCUGUCGUAACAGUGAGGGCCACCGACCAGGAUGAAGGCAUCAAUGCCGAGUUCACCUACUCCUUCCUCGGUGUGACUGCCAAAGCCCAACACGUGUUCUCUAUGGAUUCCAGUACAGGAGUCAUCGUAACUCAUCAGCCCCUGGAUUUUGAAGAAGUAGAAAGGUAUACAAUGUACGUGGAAGUAAAGGACCGAGGAUCUCUCUCCACACAGUGUAAAGUAAUUAUAGAUGUUCAAGAUGAAAACGACAACAGCCCCGAAUUAAUCAUCACUUCUCUCUCUGACCCCAUUUUGGAGGAUUCCUCUCCUGGAAUGGUUGUGGCUCUCUUCAAAACACGGGACAGAGAUUCUGGAGACAGUGCUGAGGUCACAUGUAGUUUAAGUACAGAUGGUCCAUUUAAGAUUCAUUCUUCUUCCAGUAAUUAUUACAAAUUAGUAACAGAUGGGGCCCUGGACAGGGAGAAGACUCCAGAGUACAACGUCACCAUCACAGCCACCGACAGGGGCAAGCCACCCCUGUCCUCCAGCACAACCAUCACUCUGCACAUCACUGACGUUAACGACAAUGCUCCCAUUUUCGAACAACCCGCCUACUUGGUCCACCUACCAGAAAACAACCAGCCCGGGGCCUCCAUAACCCAGAUCCGCGCUUGGGACCCAGAUCUGGGACCCAACGGCCAGGUCUCCUACUCCAUCGUGGCCAGCGACCUGGAGCCUAGAGCGCUGCUGUCUUACGUGUCCGUGAGCCCGCAGAGCGGGGUGGUGUUCGCGCAGCGCGCCUUCGACCACGAGCAGCUGCGCGCCUUCGAGCUGACGCUGCAGGCCCGCGACCAGGGCUCGCCCGCGCUCAGCGCCAACGUGCGCACAGCUCGCGUUUUAAGCGAUAGGGACGCUGCCCGCCACCGCCUGCUGGUCGCUGUGCGCGAUGGUGGGCAGCCUCCUCUUUCGGCCACCGCCACGCUGCACCUUGUUUUCGCGGACAGCCUGCAGGAGGUGCUGCCGGACCUCAGGGAAGACCCUGUGUCCUCUGACCCCCAGGCCGAGCUGCAGUUCUACCUGGUGGUGGCUUUGGCCUUGAUCUCAGUGCUCUUCCUCCUCGCAGUGAUUCUGGCUAUUGCUUUGCGCUCGGGACACUCCUCCAGCCACCCAGCCAGGAGCUGUUUUGGGUCGGUUCUCUGCUCAAAGCCCGUACCUGUGCUUCCCCCCAGCUACAAUGAGGGAACGUUGCCCUACACCUAUAAUUUGUGUGUGCCAGGGGACCAAACAAAUCCAGAAGUUAAUUUUCUCACAUCUGUUGAUCACUGUCCAGCCGCCCAAGAUCUUCUCAACAAAGAUAGCUCCUCCAUGCUACUGGCUAGUAUUUUAACUCCCAGUAUUGAAGCAGACAAGACGACAUUUAACAAGGUAUCACUGUUAAAUGGCAAGUUUGCAGUGCUUGAUCUCCCUGUUGUACAAAAACGUUUUAAGGUAAAUUUCCGAGGACUGGGAUUGUAG